AUGGCAUCAGCCACUCCUUCACCUCUUGCCAGUUCAGUAGAGAGGACAAACGGGGCCAAGCUCAGCCGACUUCUCAUCGAUGGUGGAACAACAGUUCUUAAGAGCAUUUUCAAUGGAUAUCAUCCCCCAGCAAGUCUUUCAGCCGCGUUGAAUGCAAACUAUUCGACCCUUCAAAAUCUGCUGAGAAGAAAGAUCCUACACAAAUCUCAAUGGGAUCUAUUGUUUCCUCCAAGCGGUGCUCCUCCAGACUCCCAAACAUUUGAUAUUACUCUUUUAUUCCUUCUCUUAACCAACAUUUGUGGUCUCUCCCCACCCCACUCUGGGUGGCACACUAAACCACCUCCAAGUGACAACUCCCUCGAAGCAAAUCUUGCUCGCAUUAAGUUUUACCGAAAUGAAUUGUAUGGCCAUGUUACCACAACUGGUAUUGCUGAUCCAACUUUCUCAACUCUGUGGCAGGAGAUAAGUGUUGUUCUUGUUGCUCUUGGCUUGCAGCAGGCAGAAAUUGAUAGAUUGAAGGCUGAGCAUUGUGGAGAGCAAGAGUUCUUAGAUGCGUUGCUUGAGUGGGCUGAUUCUGAGAAAGAUAUAAAAUCACAGUUGAAGGACGUGCAGGAUAAUCAGACCAAGGUGCUGCAAUCUGUUGAUAAAGUACUGCAGAGUCAGUCAAAUUUUCAGAUGAACUUGCAAGAAUCUGUCAAUAUUGUGCAUCAGAGCCAACUUCAAGACAGUAGAGCUACUCAAGAUACCAAGUUAAUGCUUGAAAAAGUCUGUGAAAAGCUUCAAACCAUGGAGGAGGCAUCCCAGCACACCAUUCAAAAUUUGAGUAAUGAGAAGGAGAGCAUCAGGGAUGACGAAGUCCUUGCGAAACUAGCAAACGUGGACAAUUUAGGUGAAAUAAGACACCAUGCAAGCAGAUAUGUUGAGGGAACUCGUUUAUGGAUUCUUGAAGAAGUUGAGAGGUGGUUAGACGACAAAAGUUCUCCAAAUAGAGUGAUUGUUAUAAGUGGGAAUGCUGGAAUGGGAAAGUCUGUAAUCUCAGCUGUCUUGUGCCAAAAGAUGUUAGAGGCUGGACGAUUGUCAGGGAGCCACUUCUGUCGACAUAACAAGGCACGCCGAAGGAAUCCCAAAGUUAUGCUGCAGUCGUUAGCCUGUCAGCUUUCCGAAUCGCUGCCAGAGUACAGGAAGGCUCUCGUGAAGAAGUUGUCGAGAAAUGUGGGCGUUGAAAUUGGAGACAUGGAAGUGGAAGAACUGUUUGAAUUCUUGUUUGAAGAACCUCUUUCAGAUUUGGAAGACCAAGGCUCUAUCCAUCUCAUGGUAAUAGAUGGCUUAGACGAAAGUGAAUACCAUGGGCGUAAUGAGCUUUUGAAUGUGAUCGCCGAUUACUUCAAGACGCUUCCGUGUUGGAUACGAUUUGUGGUAACAACGCGACCUGAAAUGAACAUCUUAGAGAAGAUUCGAGACCUAAAUCCCAUACAGCUGAACCCAAACGAUCAAGAAAACUUGAUGGACGUUAGGCUUUGCUUUCAAGAGCAACUGGAACAUGUUCUGCAAUUUGAUUGCCAAGAUACCAUCUUAGAAAAGCUUGUUGAAAAGUCAGAAGGGGUCAUGUUAUAUACCUAUUACCUGACAGAGUUCAUUAAGAAGAAUGCUGUACGUAUGAAUGCUGCUGAAGUGAUCAACAGCGACUUGCCAUCAGGUAUUUCGUCCGUUUAUCAAGACUACUUCAAACGCCUGAAAAAGGAAAUGCAGAAAGAACUAGGUAUCACCGAAGAGCAAUUCUUUGAUUUUUUAAAUGCCAUGGUGGCAGCAAGAGAACCAUUACCUGUCGAGUUUGUCUACAAGUUGUUCCUUUCAAAAGAAUGGUCAUCGGCUGAUGAGCAAAAAGUACGAGACGCAGUUGAUUGUAUCUCGGCUCUUCUACCCAUUGAAGGCGAGUGCAUUGACUUCUUUCACAAGUCAGUCAAGGACUGGUUGGUGGAGGAGUCUACUUCGAGGCAAAAGAAGUUUAUUGUUAGCGGAAAAGAAUGUCAUCGCGUCAUUGCAAAGCUUUGCAGAGAUGAACUAGAUGAAUUGAAACUUAAAGGGAUCCAGAGUUCAACACUGAAACAGACGUCGAGGUAUGCCUUGCAGCAUGGUGUUCAGCAUAUACUUGAGGUAGAAGAGAAUGCUCGUCCAUGUAGCCUCGACGACAUUGUAAAGAAUUAUGUUUUGGACCUAGAAUUGGUCUAUGCAAAGCUAACUGUGAAGAGUACAGCAGCCACUGAAGAUGUUCUUUGCGUACAAGAGAAGGAAAAUACAAAUGGUCUGUCAAAGAAUUGCAGAGAAGCCCUUGAGACGUUAUUGUUGCUGUUGCGGAAGCAUUUAAGUACUCUUUCAAAACUUCCUCAUGCCAUCUUUCAAAUCUUGUUGAAUGAAGGAGGACGUGAACUGUCUGCGAAGGCAUUAAGCUUGCUAAACACCAAGUAUGCGGACUUACCAUACAUGGAAUAUUUGCGAAAGAAGGAGGAAAGAACAAAUGUUCUACUGCGGUUUUUUGCCCCACAUGCGGUGAUCUGCUUUGAUGUCUCACCAAAUCAGAACUACCUGGUAUGCGAGUGUUUGAAUGAAACAAUUCAUCUGUGGUCGCUCCGUACUGCCCAGCUAAUAUGGACACGCUCUGCACUGGUAUCAAACAUUAUUUUUCGGGGGCACCUAGGGGAAGGAUGGGAUCUCCUCGCCCCAUUUUACCGGUCAGUAGUUUUCCAUCCAACCUUAGACCUAAUCCUACAAGGGACUCUGUGUCAGGGUUAUACCUUGGUUGGAGACGUGAAACCUCUUUUCCGUUCGAGCAAGUGCCAGUUCCUAGUUUGUUCAAUAUCUGGUGACAAAAGCACGAUGCUGACUGACUGUCUGGACGGGAGGAAUUGCGUCAUCCAGUGGAGUCUAAAAGAUGGAAGCGAAAUUAGUCGUUUUACACACAAAUGCGAAAUUUUAUCUUUUGCUUGGUCUGCUAGUGGAAGACGGAUGGUGAUCGUCGAUUCUGACAGGUGCGCAUACCUCAUUGACAUGAAUGAUGGAGUUGAGACUCUAAUAUGUGCUUCAGUUCGUUCACCAUAUGUUAAGUUAACUCCUGACUGCCGGUUUUUUUUCUGUAUACUUGCGGAUGAACGUCAUUUGUUUCCGGAGCCCAAGCUUUUUUGUUUAGAUAUUGACAGGAACACUAAGUCAAUGUAUAGUUUGGAUUGCAUUUUUGGGACGAGUUCCUACCAGUACGCCUCGGAAUUUGAAACUUGCAAUGAGAGUGGUUUCUUAUCAGAAGAUCCCUUUUGGUACUCAUCUGGAGGAUUCUCAUCUGUGGAUUUUGCACUUGUACUAGAAAAGCAGAUGUUACUAAGAGUUUCCUCUCACAGUGAAGUGAUUGAAAUGUGUCGCCUUAAUGACGUAAGGGAGUGGAGAGGUGAGAGUAGCGAUGAAGCGGGACUAAGCAUAGAACCCGGUGACAUUACGACCGAAAAUAACGAUCUAACGGAACAUAACCUACCAGAAAUCAACCAUAUGCUGGAACAGAAAGCUGAAAUCGAUGUUCUGUCAGGACAGAGAGCUGAAGUUGCUGAUCCAUCAGAACAGAGAGCUGAACUCGAGAGAUGA